CGUCACGAGGUGUGUUCUGGGGGUGGAGAUUCCGCUCAUGCUAGGUAGAGUGGGCACACAUGGGCUCUCACAUAGUUGCUAAGUUUGCUUAUAACAAGUGGGCUUAUUUUAUUUGUUCCCCAAGUUAUUUGUUUUCUGAUGGUCACUUGAUGCUUGUUUUGGGUUUUUUUUUUUAUCAGGCUUAAUUAGUGAUUCAUGCUGCCGUGUGUCGUGUAUACAACUCGCAUGCAGACCAGACACCCCGCAGUAAAGCAUCAGGACUUGUGAUUGAUUUGCAAGGUCACAGACGUGUGUGUGUGUGUGUGUGUGUGUGUGUGUGUAUAUACUAUAGUUUUCUACCACAGUGACUGCAGGAGUCAGGACUUCCAUCCAGCAGCACCUGAGAUCACACUGAGUAGCAGGCAGAUACGACUAAUAAGGUCUCGAACACCCUUAAUAAAGGUACACAUAUUUGGUAUCGCUGUACAUUGGAGAACUAGACAAAUACAUAUAAGGACAAAUUUCUGGAUUGUCCAUGGUCACAUGUUGUAGAAAAGUCAUGCAACCUCACUGUAAAUUGACAACUCGUAUUGGAUCUUGCAAUUCUCAGAUCUUGACUUUGGAAGCACUGCGGGAUCUUUUGUGAAAUGUGGAAGACACAUGACCCAUUUUUGCAGGAGAUCUUACGGUUCUCUCUGUGCUGUCGUGGAGUAACCCUCCUAAUGCAGGUAGUGUUCAAUCUGCUUAUACCAGAUCAUGCUGCUGAUGCCUUUUCUCCACCAAGACUUGCGCCAAGUGCUCUUGGAGACCGAGCAGUAGAACUGGUUUUGGGAGGUUUAGGACGUUGGGAUGCAGAGCAUUUCCUCUUUAUUGCAGAGCAUGGAUAUGUGUAUGAGCACAACAUGGCUUUCUUCCCCCUACUCCCACUUAUUAUAACAGGUCUAGCACGUGGACCACUUCUGCCACUAGCAGGCGUGCUCACCCUGCGCAGUCGAUUGUUGCUUUCAUCUGCCCUUCUAAACUGUUUCUGCUCUACAGUGGCUGCAUGCUCUUUGUACCGUCUUGGAUGUGUGACUUUGCAGUCACGACGCUCCUCUUUCCUUGCUGCACUUCUCUUCUGCUUGAGUCCAGCUUCCAUUUUUAUGACUGUUACCUACUCUGAGAGUUUGUUUGCACUAGCUACCUUCAGCGGGUUGUGGCAGCUGCAGAAGUCUAGAACCCUUGUUGGUUGUGCUUUUUUCUCACUUGCCACAGCUACUCGUUCCAAUGGACUGGUUAAUGCUGGCUUCUUGUUGCAUUCUGGAUUAAAGGCAGUUGUGCAGAGGAGAAGCAGUUCUGGACCACUGAUUAAGAAACUGUGUGGAAUUCUUUUGGUAAUGCUACCAUUUGUCCUCUUUCAAAGUUACUGUUAUGUCCGGUUUUGCCAGGUGUCCCAUGAAGAAGAGCCAGUACCCCAAGAGCUUCUAAAACUGGCUGUGGAGAAAGGAUACCGUGUGCGCAGGGCACCUAUUCCUAGCUGGUGCUCAUUCCGCUUUCCAGUGGCAUAUUCUCAGAUACAGAGUGAAUAUUGGAACGUUGGACUUUUUCGCUACUUACAACUGCAUCAACUGCCCAAUUUCCUGCUAGCUGCACCUGUUAUAUUUCUGAGUGUCUGUGCAGUAUUGGAAUAUGUUGCUUCUAAUCUAGAGCUAUGCAGAACUCUGGGUCUAUGGAAAGUUACGACCAAGCACUCUAAUGGAUACACUGGACAACGAGUCUUUGUCUACGUGGCUCACCUUACAGCUCUAACAGGGUUUGGAAUCCUGUGUAUGCAUGUGCAGGUUCUCACCAGGCUUCUGUUCUCUUCCAGUCCUGUGCUCUUUUGGUUCUGUUCUCACAUGCUGCAGAAGAAUGAGCCAUGGGUAUGGGGACUCAAGAAGGGUAACACUGCCUCUAACCCAGUCCUUCGCCUACUUGGGGCCUGGACUUCUCUGCAGCAAUGGACAAAGAUUCUUCUUGGUUAUUUUGUAGGAUAUUGGGUGAUUGGAACAGCCUUACAUGUGAACUUCCUCCCAUGGACAUAGGUGUAGUGUACAUGGACGGAUAGGAAGUAAAUGUGCAUACUGUCAGUAAUCCGUGUUGUAAAUAAAUAUGUAUAUAGUGUAUUAUGCAAAAUAAAUGUGUAAUUCCUUUAAA